AUGGAAUAUUGCAAUAUUUACCUUUUUGUGCUGCUGCUGCAGUCGCUCCCCGUGUCGGCGCAAUAUGUCGUCUCCUCGACCGCUGCCUGGUCCUCCCAGAUCAUUGCCUUCUGGGGCGCCAUCAUCAUAGCGGCGCAGGUCGGCAAGGUCGCGAGUGCAGGAACAGCUCUGUUUUCGAGUGCUCGUAUGGCUCUUCGAAUCCGGUCCAUGACCAAUGCCCUGGCCCGCGGUAAUUGGUUUCUACACGCUGGUUGGGUCACCAACAAAGUCCGCACGGAUAUCGCCGUGGUGUGCUGGCGCACCCCUGAGGAUUUGCAGGGCUUAGUCCGCCGUGUAGCCAUGCAAACAGAGACGUUUGCCGCCGGCCGGGACUGGCAGGUUCUCGUGGUGGGAUGCCAGCUGAAAUACCAACCCUCCCGUGAGAGCACGGUCCACUGGAUCAAAUGUCCUCGGAGCGAGAAUCUCUGCGGCGCAAAGGUCAAAGCAACGAACGAGAAUCUGUUUCCCCUGCAGGAAGCGGACAUUUCUCACGCGCUCGACAUGCUGGAACGGUCGCCGCCGGCGACGUUGGAGGAAAUUGUGCGGGAGAUGGAGACGAGGCGGGAUGCGCGCGCGUCGCGCGUUACGUAUCUUAAUGAGCAGCAGCAGGAAUUGCAGGUUACCCAGGCAGCGCUCUCAUGGGGAUGGAUAUUCACCAGCGUGGAGCAUAACCUCACGCCUUUCUUGAAGCUGCGGAAGUGGACGAGUCCCUACGGCACUGACCGUGGGGCGCGCAUGAUCUGCGCCACGCGAAUGUAUCUCCUUGUACAUCUGCUAGUUGCCUGUGCUGUUGGACUCAUGGCUGCCGCGACGGGGCGUGGUCUUGCGGUCUGGUUCAUGACGGUGCGGCCCACGCUCUCGACAAUGGGGGGCAAGAACGUCAACGGGAACGACAUCCUGCAGUCGUUGCUGUGCCUCGAUGAGGCUGUUUUCCAGUACGAGACGGGAGACAGAUCGUCGUUGUUGGCGGGCGACGUUCUAGCUUCUUCCCUCCCAUGGUGGGCUACUACAUUGGUCUUUGCCAUGCCUGCUCUGGAAAUGGCCCUUAUCAUUGCCGGAUGGCUGUACGGCGGGCUGAAAGCGGAGAGACUGGCACCAUCCGGGGUUGUUGGCCACGGAAUGCUCUGGCUGUCAGUCGUCGUCGGGCUUUCGCUGUGUGUUCGUGCCCUCUUCACGCUGCGCAAUCAGGGGAAGGGUCGUCUGGUAGGUAUUUGGCAUAAGCAGCAGUUUGCCCAGUACACAAUUGGCGCGGAGUCGCUGGAAAUCUCCGCGUCUGAUCUCGCUCGUAUGGCAGGUGAGCCGUCUCCGAUCGGUCUGGUAGUCCGUCUCCUUCGCGACAACAACCCGGAUAAUAUCCCCGUCAUUGAAAGCUUCCUCCGAUUACCCCUCAUGGCGGUGCUGGUGGAGUACCUUCUCGCCACGCGAGUCCUGCAAUAUCAGUACCAAGGCGACGAGAUCGUAGCGAGAGGGAGCAGGGCUAUCUCGCCAAAGUCCGAGUCCCCAUGGCGCCAGUCCUACUGCUGCGUGGCUGUGACUGUGGCUUGUGCAUGUUUGUCGGCCGUUUACGCAUACUAUCCGCUGCCAAAAUGGGUGAAGCUCGUCACGGAGAUGCUUCUUGCAUUGAGUGCGGUCUGGUUCAACUCGAUUGAUCUCGUGGGUAGUUUCAUGCACGAGAAGGAAACCUCUACCUGCUUUAUGAUUGCGACUCUGGUUGUGUCAUCCGUUUGGUAUGUGGGAUUGGAUAAUGUAGGUUGA